AUGAGGAUGUGUAUUGAUUACAGGCAGCUGGACAAGGUGACGGUGAAGAAUCGUUACCCCAUGCCUCGUAUUGAUGAUUUGUUUGAUCAACUUCAGGGUGCCGGCGUGUUUUCGAAGAUUGAUUUGAGGUCCGGGUACAAUCACUUGAGGAUUAGGGCAGCAGACAUCCCUAAGACUGAUAGGCUCAGGACGGCUCAGAGUAGGCACCAGAGUUAUGCGGAUCAGAGGCGUCGACCUUUGAGAUUCUCUGUUGGUGACCGGGUAUUCCUUCGUGUGUCGCCCAUGAAGGGCGUGAUGAGGUUUGGGAGGCGGGGCAAGCUUAGACCCAGGUACGUUAGGCCUUUUGAGAUAUUCUGGACAGUUGGAGAGAUUGCUUAUGAGUUAGCCCUACCUCCAGCAUUUUUGGCCAUCCACCCAGUGUUUCAUGUUUCUAUGUUGCGGAGUCGAGUUGGAUGA